AUGCAGGAUAAUCAAAGUCUUCGUAUUCCUUAUUAUCGUCUACAUCCUGGACGUAACAGAUUUUGUUGCCAUGGCAGAGGGGUCUUUUCCCGGGAUAUGUGUAUAUUCACUAUUACCCUCCUUUUAAUUAUCUCAGUUACAGUUCUCUUCUUUGCUUUUGACUGCCGUUUUUUAACCCCCAUCUUAACUCCUGCUGUUCCUAUUUUAGCAGCGAUCCAGUUCCUAUAUGUUGUUACUGCAUUUCUUCGUACAGCAUUCACAGAUCCAGGAAUUAUACCACGGGCCACACGUCCUGAAGUAGAAUGGACUGAACUGUCAAUUAGUACUGGAGAUGUAUCUGUAAAUGACUCGAAUAACAAAAGUGAGCAUGAUGUAAAUGCAGUUCGAACUUAUCCACCCGGUGCCAGAACACGUCAAAUUCUAAUUGGAGAUCAUCUAGUCAAAAUUAAUUAUUGUCAUAGUUGUCGAAUUUUCCGUCCACCAAGAGCGUCACAUUGCUCUUCGUGUGAUAAUUGUGUUGAACGUUUUGAUCAUCAUUGUCCAUGGAUUGGAAAUUGCGUUGGCCAAAGAAACUAUCGUUAUUUUAUAUUAUUCAUAUAUUCCCUGAGUAUCUAUUGUCUUUAUAUUUUAGUGUUUUCAAUAGUCAAUUUAAUUUUAUUAUACGAAAAGUAUGAAGAUAUUAUAAUGGCUAUCAAGAUUUCUCCCGCUCAUAUCCUUUUCAUGUGAUUUUUGAUAAUAAAGUGUUGAUGUUAUUAUAAUUAUUUUCUUUGUGUUUUGUUUGUUUGUGUAUGAUUGACUAGCUGGUUAUAUUGUAAACAUUUUUCAAAGCAUUUGUUUUAGAAAAAGUGUUAUUUAAAAUCAGUUUAUAUUCUUGGAAUAUAUUUCAUCUUGUUUCGAACUUGUUAGUCUAGUGUAACUCCAUUUUCGUGUUGAUACUUACAUUGUGAUUCGCGAAUCCUUUACCUAAACACAUCAAAAGUCAAUGCCUUAUCUAUUAAGCCAAUAAGUUCAGAUCAUUAGUAAUUGGAGGAGUUUCCAUUGCAUACCCUCAUAAUUUGAGCAAUAGUUACAGACGCUGACAUCUUUAAAUAGCCAUUUUAUCAUAAUAUUAAACUUUUCAUUAGUAGUUUAUAAGCUUGACUUUUAAAUAAAAUCAAAUUCAAGACAUUAACAUCCGUCGAACACCAACUCAGAUUUCGUCAAUCGGGCAUAACAAAGUUCGAUCAAGUUACGUGAUAUUUAAGUGGUUUUUCGAUAUAAUUAUCUUUCUCUAAACACCAUGUUAUUACAGGUUUCUAAAUUCAUAGCCUGCUGUUGGGUCUUGCGACAGUUUAUUUUAUUGGAAUGAUUUACAUAUAAGUGCUAAACGGUUAUCAUUUCUGAAUGAAUAAUAUGUUUACAAACAACUCAUUAAAAUCAAUAAUUAGUCGAUUUGAAGAAAUUAAAAUGAUAAAUUAUUGGAUUAAGCACUCAGAUUUCAACUGAUAAGUUACAGGUUCAAACCUAGUCCGAGCUUUUUUUCUUUAGGCAGUGAACCUGGAACAAUACCCUUCACACACACACACGUAAACGAUAUAGGUCAAAGUACGUAAAUCUGUCCUCAAUAAAUGGAGCAUACAUUAUAAUAUAGAAUGUCAAUAAAUUGUCUCAACUAUAUACCCUUUGAAAUAGCCAUAAUAUAAGUCAAAGAGUCAGACUGUAGAACCUGUUGGUUAUGUACACCGGUUCAAGUUUCCAUACCCCAUUAGCACAGAGGUCAUAUUGUCGGUCCAAAUCUCAGAAUAGUAGAGGCAGUAUCAGUGGCAAUAAGAAAGACUAGGCAUCGAAGAUACAACUCGAAAAGAAAAUAUAAAUUAGUGAAACAAAAACGAGAAGAAAGUUGUGAGAAUUUUAGAAUGUCAGAAUUCGGGGAAGAUAACGAGUGAAUGCACCUGAGCCAAUGCAAACAGUUUGGAGCUACGUCAUUCAAAGUCUCUAACCAUUGGUUACGAUAAUCAUACGGACCCUAAGCAAGUAGUUUGUACCUGCUAUCAUUGCUGAGUUCAAUUUUCAGUGACUUCAUAAAUCGAUGCCAUGUUCCAGUUUAUCCGCCAAAAUAUAUAGAAUUCAUAUUAGAAUAAACAGUAAAUUAAUGCACGAUCUUGAGAUGGUGAUCGUACUCACAUAUUAAGAUGACCCAAUCGAGCUGUAUUAGUUGCAACAUUUGUUUCGUUAGGUCCUACCAUGCAAGACAAUUUGGUUGGAGAACAGUAUGACUGAAAGUUUUAAUUUAAGGUGUGUGGGAAAGGUCGUGCUCCCGACUGUGUAUGGGCGUGAGUGUAUGUUGUCUCCCUCCAACAUCUAACGUCAGCUACAAUGCUGUCUUCUCAUUGCAGAACGUAAGGAUUAGAAAAGAAUGACCCUAAUAACUGUCCCAUGGAUUUCUGUCAUCACCAAUAAGUCAUUUAAGGUGUAGAUUUGAUACGUUACGAGCUACUCACAGAAAUGGUUUGUAUGACCGGCCUCAAAUAGCUGUUCGUAGAUCUCUACAAUCAUGCUAUCAGGUCUUCAACACCACUUCUGGUCUAGAUUUUUUCCAGAAAAUCCAAUAAAAGUUAUCCCUUUACGGUUUGAGUGUAACCCAGUCGUUGCCUUAAACAAGAUUAAGAAAUUGAUGAAAACUACUUGGGAAAUAAGAACAUACAAAAAACUCAGUUAAUCCGAAAUGUAGUUGUCAGUUUUCUUUAAAAAAAUGUUUCGGUAUUCAAAGUACGACAAACAGUAAGUCCUUAUAUUUGCUUCAAGCAACGAUUACCUUAUCAAUUAUAAAUUUAAACCAGUAAUCAGCCUCAUUGAAACACAUCUUAAAUUUAUUUUAAACUUCUCUAAAUCAGAUUAAAGCAGAAUAUCAGAAAGGGUUUUGUGGAGAUUUUAAAAAUUUCACUGUUUGAAAUCAUGAGUCAGUGGAACCUAGACCACCAGUGAGCUGAAGACAAUGGUGUACGGUAGCGCAACUUCGUGGAUUGGUUGAAGUUAAACAUUAACGCCGUUGGAUGCCGGCUUAGUGGUCUAGUUGGUUAAGCGUCUGGCGCGAGACUGAUAGGUCCUGGUUUCGAGUCUCGCGAGGUGCGGGAUCGUGGAUGCACACUGCUGAGGAGUCCCAUACUAG